CAAACACACUAUUUUCUCUCUAUAUACUGCAGUACUUUUUGCCCGAGAACUCUACCAAUUCAAUAUUCCCAUCAAGCGAAGCAUGACAGCAACAACAAAUUUGGAGUCUAACAACACUAUUUCUCCAUCUUUUCCUUAUGCGAAGCUGCUUUCCGCCAAAUCUGUUGAUACCCGAAUUGAUGACUUGUCCAAGCAUUCAUUGAUCGUCAGGAACCACGAAACUCACGAUGUCUUUUCUGAUUCAGCAGGCCAUAUCAACCAUCUCUCUCACCACUAUUUGGCAGCCUAUUCCUUGGGCGCCAGUAUGGAUAAGCUUCAAACCAUUUACGACGUAUACGCGUCAUACAUGCGUCCUCGACCCCCUUCUAUUGGUGUUCUGACUGACAAGACGUACCAACAGCACCUUGGUAACCGUGACGCGUACACAAGCUACCUGGAAUACUUUACAAAAGAAAUCGAACAUCGCGGCAUGCUGGAUGCAAUCCGUUUUUGGAUGUUCCACGACAACGAAAAAGACAACAUGUUGCCCCGUGUACUCGGUAGUGGGAUCCAUCCGUUGAUCCAUCUUGGUUAUGCCGUUGAAUUUAACCUACCUUUGAUUGCUGCGGAGAGCCUUUCCAUGGCUGCUAGUUCUGAAGAUACGCUCAAGCACUUUUUUGCGGCAGCAGCACCACCAGCAGUACCCAAUCAACAAGCCAGUGCUACUUGCAGUAUUAAGGACAUCGUAGCCAAGGUUAAUUGCGAUCCAGCCUUUGAUGGUAUUGUCAAGUUUACCGACAAAAUCAAAGUACUUUCUGUGCUGGCCAGUGCACAUAAGGCCGGAUCUAAGAUCAGCGAAUAUGUAGCUCAAUGGAGCAUCAAAGAUCUAAAAUCCAGUCUUCAAGAGCUGUAUACACAAGUAAUGCUGCUUUAUGCUUCCACGGGUAUUCGCGGCAACAGCAGCCAGAGUCCAAAAAUUGACUUUUUCUUGGCACAUUGCUUGACAUCUAUCCAUGCAGCACACACGCUAUUGCCUUACUUGACCCCUCUUCAAGCCGAAUGGCUUCUUCGUGGUCAUCUGGCAACGACGUUGGUGUGCUAUAUUGGUUGUGGACGGCCUCAAGUGCAACCUGAGUCGCUUGUCAAGUACGAGGGCACGAACAUCAAGUCUUUGACAUCAUUAUCUGCUGUUCCUGAUGCAUCUGAUGAUGAUACGAGCAAAACGAAGUGGCAUGAGGUAAUCAAGCGCUCUCUUGCUCCUGAAAUACAAGAGCCACAUUAUAUCAAGGUCGUGCGUGCACUUGCGCUGGGCCAAGUGGUUUUUGACGAUCCCCCUUCUUUGAAAGAUGUAUGGCUAAAAGCCGCACAGCUCACCAUGGACGUUGCUGAGCGAUCCGCUGGUGAAAUAUCUGGUUGGGAUUUUGCUGGAAUUGGAUUCGACGAAACCUGGCAAUAAUAGUAAUGGUUGCUAAGCGCAAUGAACAAAGAUUCUCGCCUCAAUAAAGUUAUCAAUUUA